AACAUCGAAGCCAAACCCCAGAACAUCAACGUCUCCUUCCAGGGCUUUGGGAUGGACUCGGUGAGCGUGCGGGUGAUGAACACGGACACCAUCUGCCAAGUGAAGGAGAAAAUCCUAGAAGCCUUUUACAAGAACCUGCCCUUUUCACAGUGGCCUCGUGAAGAGGAUGUUGAUCUGGAGUGGUUCCCAGAGGGCCGCAGCAGCAGAAUCCUGCAGGAUCUGGACGACACGUCUGUCAUGGAGGACGGCAGGAAAAAACUCAACACCGUCUUCCACUAUCAGAUCCCUGAUGGAGCGUCCCUGGCCAUGAGCAUGAAGGACAAGAGAGACAACACACUGGGACGAGUGAAAGAUCUGGACACGGAGAAAUAUGUUCAUCUGGUGCUGCCUCACGACGAGCUGACAGAGAGCAGGAAGUCCCACAGACACAGUCACAGGAAGAAGGUGUUACCUGAGAUCUACCUGACACGCCUGCUCUCCACGAAGGGAACCCUGCAGAAGUUCCUGGACGAUCUGUUUCAGGCCAUCCUCAGCAUUCCUCCAGAGAAACCACCGCUAGCUGUCAAAUACUUCUUCGACUUUCUAGAAGAGCAGGCGGACAAGCGCUGCAUAACCGACCCCGACACGUUACACAUCUGGAAGACCAACAGUUUGCCUCUGCGCUUCUGGGUCAACAUCCUGAACCCUCAGUUUGUGUUUGAUAUCGAUAAGACGGAUCACAUGGACGCGUGUCUGUCUGUCAUUGCCCAGGCUUUCAUAGACGCCUGCUCACUCUCUGACCUGCAGCUGGGCAAAGAUUCUCCCACCAAUAAGCUGCUGUAUGCCAAAGAGAUCCCGGAGUAUAAGAAGAGAGUGCAGUGUUACUACAAGCAGAUUCAAGAGAUGGCACCGCUGAGCGAGCAGGAAAUGAACGCUCACCUGGCCGAGGAGUCGAGGAGAUACAGGAAUGAGUUCAACACUAACCUGGCUGUGAUGGAAGUCUACAAGUAUGCCAAGAGAUAUCGCAAUCAGGUGGUGAGCGCUCUGGACUCGAACCCGACGGCUCGACGCACUCAGCUGCAGCACAAGUUCGAGCAGGUCAUUGCUCUGGUGGAGGACAACAUCUAUGAGUGCAGCAGUGAGGCCUGAGGACAGCCCUGAAUCUGUGUGGAUUAUCAAGAGAAGAUGCGAGAGGGAAACGUCUGACCGAGUUCAAUCGCUACAGUAUUCAGCUCUUGACUUUGAACUAGGAGUUUGUUUAAUGAAUUGUGGACUCCAGGGUCCUGAGGCCCUGUGGUCAUGUGACGCACUGACCCCACACUCGGGGAGAGCCAAUUAUGCACUGGAUUAUACAAGACCUUCUCCAUAGCAAUAUUUAUAGCUGUAUGAUGAUUAUUUUAUAGUGUUAUGUGAAUAACGUUUCUGAUGGGAUAUUUGUGCCUGUGCUGUUCAACGGCUAUACAUUUUAAUUCCACGAUGCCUUGAACUAAGUUACUUAAACAUAUAAUAGGCUUGAAUGAGACUGUUGCAUUUGUAUUAAUUAUUAUUAUUUUGAAGGGUUUGGGUCUUUCUUGAAUGUGUCCAAACCAAAGCGUGUGCAUCAUUUUUGUAGAUAUUCUGCAGCAAAUGUUUAAUUUUUUUGGAGAAAGGGAAAUUUUAUCAAUAAAGACAAACUUUACUAAA